UGCUCUCCCGUGUUGUUGGAUUUCGAAAGAGCGCAGGACUUUGCGAUGAAAUAAUACCUUUUUGCCCGUGAGGAAAACACAAACAAACCGCAUGUUUUGAGGCCGAAGUUCUUCGCGUUCCCAUUAAGUGGCGAAACGGUGUUUUUCGGGGACUCCGACGGGAAGUUUGUGUGAUCGUUUUUUCCCGGAGUGAUGUCGAAUCCUGGGACUCGGAGGAACGGGUCCAGCAUCAAAAUCCGAAUGACAGUAUUAUGUGCCAAGAACCUCGCAAAGAAAGACUUCUUUCGCCUGCCAGAUCCCUUUACCAAGGUUGUGGUGGACGGAUCGGGUCAAUGCCACUCGACAGACACAGUCAAGAGCACACUGGACCCCAAAUGGAAUCAGCACUACGACCUCUACAUUGGAAAGACGGACUCCAUCACCAUCAGCAUAUGGAACCACAAGAAGAUCCAUAAACGACAAGGAGCGGGCUUCCUGGGCUGCAUACGACUGCUCUCCAACGCCAUCAGCAGGCUAAAAGACACAGGAUACCAGCGUCUAGAUCUAUGUAAGCUGAACUCCUCGGACAGCGACGCAGUGCGGGGGCAGAUCGUAGUGAGCUUACAGACGCGAGACCGCAUCGGCAGCGGAGGCCCCGUGGUGGACUGUAGAGGACUGUUGGAGAACGACGGGCCUGUGUUUGAGGGAUGCUUCAGUGAAGAGCCCCUGCCCUACUCGGACCCCACUGGUGCGGCGGGGGGCGGGAACUGUCGACUUGACUCACCCAGUCAGGAGGGCCGUCUUCAGACGCAGCGAAUCAGAGGGCAGGACUCGAGAGGACACGGCCACACCCCUCAGAACAGACCUCAUGGGCACCAACCGCCUGACCUGCCGGAGGGUUACGAGCAACGGACAACGGUGCAGGGCCAGGUGUACUUCCUUCACACGCAGACGGGCGUCAGCACCUGGCACGACCCUCGGAUACCGCGGGACCUGGCCAGCGUGAGCUGCGAGGAGCUCGGGCCGCUGCCGGUGGGUUGGGAGGUCCGGAGCACGGUGUCGGGCCGGAUCUACUUUGUGGACCACAACAACCGAACCACUCAGUUCACAGACCCGCGCCUACACACCAUUAUCAGCCAACAGUCCGAAGCGAAGGAAUCCUCACAAGCCCCUCAGAUGGAUGUGGGGGGUGAGGAAGGAGUGGGUGGAGGAGAGGGCGACGUGGCGGCGCGCUACGAGAGAGACUUGGUCCACAAGUUGAAACUGCUCCGCCAUGAGCUGUCGUUGCAGCAGCCUCAAGCCGGGCACUGUCGCAUAGAGGUGUCCCGAGACGAGAUCUUUGAGGAGUCAUAUCGGCAAAUAAUGAAGAUGAGGCCCAAAGACCUAAAGAAGCGCCUGAUGGUGAAGUUCAGGGCAGAGGAGGGCCUGGACUAUGGGGGGGUGGCCAGGGAGUGGCUGUACCUGCUGUGUCAUGAAAUGUUGAACCCCUAUUACGGCCUGUUCCAGUACUCCACAGACAAUAUCUACACACUACAGAUCAACCCUGACUCUUCCAUCAACCCUGACCACCUGUCAUAUUUCCACUUUGUGGGCCGUGUGAUGGGCCUGGCCGUUUUUCACGGUCACUACAUCAACGGGAGCUUCACGCUGCCCUUCUACAAACAGCUGCUAGGCAAACCCAUCCAGCUCAACGACCUGGAGACCACCGACCCGGAGUUGCACAAGAGCCUCGUGUGGAUAUUAGAGAACGACAUCACCUCAGUCCUGGACCACACGUUCUGCGUGGAGCACAAUGCCUUUGGGAAGUUCUCGCAACACGAACUCAAACCCAACGGCCGCAAUAUCCCCGUCAACGAGGACAACAAAAAAGAAUACGUCAAGCUUUAUGUGAACUGGAGGUUUAUGCGGGGAAUUGAAGCCCAGUUUCUGGCUCUGCAGAAGGGCUUCAGUGAGCUCAUCCCGCAGCACCUCCUCAAACCUUUCGACCAUAAAGAACUUGAGUUGAUCAUCGGCGGACUGGGGAAGAUAGAUCUCGCCGACUGGAAGACGAACACGCGCCUGAAGCACUGCACAAGUGAAAGCAACGUGGUGCGGUGGUUCUGGCAGGCGGUGGAGGCCUUCAGCGAGGAGAGGAGAGGACGCCUCCUGCAGUUCGUCACGGGCUCCACCCGGGUCCCCUUACAAGGAUUCAAAGCGCUUCAGGGUUCUACAGGUUCUGCAGGACCAAGACUCUUCACCAUCCAUUUGAUAGACGCCAACACGGACAACCUGCCCAAGGCUCACACAUGUUUUAACCGAAUAGACAUGCCUCCCUACGAGUCUUACGAGAAACUCUACGAGAAACUGCUGACGGCCGUGGAGGAGACCUGCGGCUUCGCCGUGGAGUGACUGAUCCGCAACCAAACCAACGUAGUCGCGCUUGCACUUGCACACAAACUAUUUGACUUUUUACAUGUAUAUAUAUAUAUAUAUAUACACACACGAACACACAUCAGCAGAAUAUCAAGUAUACGCGGAGUAUACGGAGCGGCCAAGAACACGCGGCCUCUUGCCACCUCUUGACCACCGAACGUUGGCAGUCAAAGGAGGAAGCACAGCGGGAGAGGAAAGGAUUAAAAAGAAGAAGGAAAAACCAGACAAAAAAUAAAGUAUUUUAAAACAUUUCUGAUGUUUUGAAGAAGCAUUUUUAUCCUUCAGUUUUAACAAGCUAUGAUGUCAUUCUUCAGAAUGUCUACCGCCACAGCAACAUUUGACUCUUGAAAAAAACACUCGAGUCAAAGGACAGAAUCGGCCAAUCACAUGCGAGCCUGGGAACAGCGACCUUGAAUUCAGACGCGCGAAGAACAAGGCGGAGACGGAUUGUCUCUCUGUCUGACGAGCUGAUUAAGUAGUAUUCAUGCUUCAUGUUUAACCACUGUCGCGUACCAGAACAUGUACAUGUACGUGUGAAUGUGUGUGUGAGAGACUGAGACUGUAUUUGUGUCUGUGAGUGAAUGUGUGUGUGAGAGACUGAGACUGUAUUUGUGUCUGUGAGUGAAUGUGUGUGUGAGAGACUGUAUUUGUGUCUGUGUGUGUGUGUGUGUGACAGGCAUGGCACCCGGUAACGCUGUAAAAAUGAUCAAAUGAGCCUGCUCUUCUGUUUUGGUAACCUUUUGUCUCUUCCGUUUGUAUCUGCAACCACUCUGAUCCACUCUGAUAUUUUAUUAUUUAUUACUAAGUGAUUACUGACCAAGCUGCUAUUUGCUCUGCAAAGAGCCCACACUAAUCUCUUGAUCACCCCCUCUACCAGAGUUGAAGGAUCAAUUCACUUGCAAUUCAAGUAAUCCACAAAGUGGGUUUUAUUGAAUUUUGUAAUUUUUUUUUUUUUUUCAUAUCAUGGGGGAAGACAUACUUUUGUCAGUGUAUGAUAAUUGUCUUGGUGUUUUAAAUGCCACGUUACAUUUAUUCGACGUGAAAGGGAAAGAUCAUCCCGGUCCUAGUUUUUAAAAAUCUAAUUCUACUGAUGUUAUGGAGCGGUCCGAGGGCAUGACUUGGAUAUUUAACAAAAUGAGCCACAAGGAUGGAAAGAAGGAGUCUGCUUCAGGAAUUAUUUUGGUUUUAUAUUGCAUGUAUAAUAAAAUCUCAUGAGCCUUGAAUGAUUCAUCAUCCAUUUCACCAUCUUUUCUAUUUCUUUGUGGCCUUGACGUUUCUCUGCCCAUCUCUUUUUCUACAUGACCUGGAUGUUAGAAGAAAAGGAAAAAAACAGUAGUCCUUGUCCUCAAGACCAAUAUGAAUGAACAUAGUAUCUUUGCAGAUCCUCCAACAAAGUGAAUGAAAUCAAAUAGCUAAAUGAUGAGCGAGCAAUGUGGAAAAAGUUUAAAUUUGUUGUAGAUUGAUUAUUAAAGACUGUUAAGCAGUACCAUUUCAAUCUGCAUUUUCUAGGUUCUGAGUUCACUGUGUAAUGGAUGCAAGAGUAUUGUAACUUACUAUGUACUAAACAUUUAUGAAAAAAUACAAUGUAAAUAAGAUUAUAUUAAAAGAAAUUAAAUUGAAAAUACCUUC